GGCCAAACUCUGUGGUUUUCCAGCAUGCUGCCUGGGCCUUUUCAGAGCUAGCGAAGGCUGAUGGAAAACAGCAUCUAGGUCCAGAGUGAGCGCAAGAUACUCGCCCGACUCCCUGGAUGUGUCCCCACGCCACGAAACCUGGAAGCAGUGCCCUGUGACAAGCACCAGAUGUGCAACCCCCUGCAAAGACCCACCUUCCCUGAGCACACGUGCCCUCUUCCAAACAAAAAAAUGUUGAACCGGGAAACCAGCUGGAGAUUGCAAAGUUUCCUUCCCCUCGAGGUUGCUUCUCAGUGGUCAUCUUCUACUUCUACCACACAAGAGGAAACUAGAAGAGCUCCACUCUAACUUCUGGAAGGUUUGUUCCACGAUGGAAGAUCAAAAAAAUUUCUGGCUCUGGUUUUGUGAAGUUCGGCAUCUACACUGGACCUGCCAUUUGGAAAAGGGAUCAUCUCUGAGGCACAGUUAGGAGACAGGAGAACUGGUCCCAGACGAUGAGCACUUUAAGUAGCACUGGAAUAUUAGUCAGCUUAACGACAGUGUCUGUUACACUGGAUUUUAGUUUGCAUGGUGGUCUCAUGGCUUGGUCCUUAAGCAGCAAUUUGACUCUGAAUCAGAGUUUCCCUACAUCUGAUCCUCCUAAUGCCUCUGAGAAAGGGGACAUCUCUCGGAUGUCUGUGAGGGAGAAGAACUGGCCAGCCCUCCUGAUCCUGGUUGUCAUCCUGCUGACCAUCGGGGGCAACAUACUGGUAAUUAUGGCUGUGUCCUUGGAAAAAAAGUUGCAGAACGCCACAAACUUCUUCCUGAUGUCUUUGGCGGUGGCAGACAUGCUGGUGGGUAUCCUGGUCAUGCCCGUGUCCCUCAUUGCAGUUCUGUACGAUUAUGCUUGGCCUUUGCCUAAACAGUUGUGCCCUAUAUGGAUUUCCCUAGAUGUGCUCUUUUCAACUGCGUCUAUAAUGCAUCUCUGUGCCAUCUCUCUUGAUCGGUAUGUAGCAAUACGCAAUCCCAUUGAGCACAGCCGCUUCAAUUCCCGCACCAAGGCUAUUAUGAAAAUUGCUGCGGUUUGGACCAUAUCCAUAGGAAUCUCUAUGCCCAUUCCGGUCAUUGGUUUGCAGGACGACUCCAGGGUGUUUGUAAAUGGGAGCUGCGUUCUCAAUGAUGAGAACUUUGUCCUCAUCGGGUCCUUUGUGGCAUUCUUCAUCCCCCUUAUCAUCAUGGUGAUCACGUAUUGCCUCACCGUGCAGGUGCUGCAGAGACAGGCAACGGUGUUCAUGUGCGGCGAGGUGCCCAAGCAGCGGAGGAGCAGCGUAAACUGCCUCAAGAAAGAAAAUAACACAGAGAACAUUUCAAUGCUUCACAAUCACGAAGGGGCAUCACACUUGAACUCUCCAGUAAAUAAGGAAGCAGUGCUUUUUCGGAAAGGAACUAUGCAGUCCAUCAACAACGAGCGAAGAGCCUCCAAGGUCCUGGGCAUUGUCUUCUUUUUGUUCCUCAUCAUGUGGUGCCCGUUUUUCAUCACUAACAUCAUGUCUGUCCUUUGCAAGGAAGCCUGUGAUAAGGGCCUCCUGAGCGAACUGAUGGACGUGUUUGUUUGGGUCGGGUAUGUUUGCUCUGGGAUUAAUCCCCUCGUGUACACACUCUUCAAUAAAACCUAUCGCAGGGCUUUUUCCAAUUAUAUCCGCUGCCAAUACAAGACCGGUAAAAAAUCAGCACUGCGACAGAACCAGUGUCUAAAUGUUGCUUCAACAGCAUUAUAUGGGAAAGAACUGACUUUAACUAGUUACAGAAAUGGCAAUGAACUCAACAGCAUGGAACUAGAUGAAGCUGAGGGUCUAGAAAUGCAGCCAGGGACUUCAGAGCUCUCCAUAAACAGCUGUAAUGUUGUAAGCGAAAGAGUGAGCUGUGUGUGAGGGUGGCUCACACAGCCUUUUGCUACAGUGAAUCUGUAGCCAAAAUAUAUUGUGUAAAAAUGUAAGUGUUGGUCAAAGGACAAUGUAAAUACUGCAUU